AUGGAGGAUCCACGCGAUCCAUCGGCUAUCCCGCCGGUGACCCCGCGGGUAGAGGAUGAAGGGAGUGGGUCGAAGGCUUGUUCCCAGGAUGAAUUAGAGGAUCGUUUUGAUGGCUUGAAGCUGUGUGGAGAGGAAGAGAUUGAUCUAGAUUUCUCUGAGGAGUUAGAUGAUCUGAUUGGAGAUGUUCGCUGGCUAGCGCUUUUUAGGGUUCAUACAACAAAAGCGUUCAGCCAUGCCGCCAUGUUUAAGCAGAUGCGCAAUGCGUGGGCGUCUGCCCAGGAUGUUACUUUCAAAGCGAUGGGGACGAACCUCUUUCUCGUCCAAUUUCAAUGUUUGGGAGACUGGAAUCGUGUCAUGGAUGGUGGUCCGUGGCUUUUCCGUGGCUCUUCUAUUGUUCUCGCUGAAUAUGAUGGAUUCUCAAACGUUCAAGACUAUAAACUUGACAAACUCCCGGUCUGGUCUAGGAUCCAAGGAAUUCCUGAUGGGUUAAUAAAGAAGAAGGAACUAGCGGAAAAGGUUGCUAAGAAAGUGGGUGAACCACCGUUCAAUGUUAUUGUCAAUGAAGGGAGAAUUAACACCUCAAAAUACCUGAGAGCUAGGGUACAUCUGGACCUGAAUAAACCGCUUGUGCGGUUUGUCCCAAUAAAUCUGAAAGAGAGAAAGAAAUAUCUUGUAUACUAUGAGAGACUCCCAGAUUUUUGUCACUUUUGUGGUCUGAUUGGGCAUACUGUAACUGAAUGCGGUGAUGGACUUCAUGAGCCUGAUAAAUGUGAGUGGGGUGAUAAUCUGCUGAUUAUUUCCCCAUUUAGUAGUCAGGUGGAGAAGGACAAUGCUACAGUUGCUGACAAAAUUAAGAUGUUGGAAUAUGGGGCUUCGGCUAGUACUGAUGGUACGACAACCCCGCAGAAGGUGCAGGUUACAAAAAGAGUAAGGAUGAACGGUGAUGAAAGAGUGGAUAUGGACGAUAACUUGAUAUCGUAG